AUGAACUCUUCGGAUACCAAUGUGCCACACAACACACUACCUAGCUUCCAGCCGCAGGCCCCGAUGCGGAACAUGAACAAAGAUCCGGCAGACAUUCCCUUGCUAGGUGGCUCAUACAAACUUGUGAAGACGAUCGGAGAGGGCGCGUAUGGUGUUGUAUACUCUGCCAUUCAUGUACCCACAUCUACACGGGUGGCAGUGAAGCGGAUCUCGCCGUUUGAUCACCAAAUGUUCUGUCUUCGUACGUUACGUGAGAUCCGCCUGCUACGCCAUUUCCAUCACGAGAACAUAAUUUCGAUCCUCGAUAUUCUACCCCCCGGGUCGCUGGAGACCUUUACCGAAGUGUACCUUGUGCAAGAGCUGAUGGAAACAGAUAUGCACCGAGUUAUUCGGACGCAGGACUUGUCGAAUGACCAUUUCCAGUAUUUCGUGUACCAGAUUCUUCGUGGGCUCAAGGCACUGCACUCAGCUGGGGUGCUACACCGUGACUUGAAGCCAUCGAAUUUGCUGUUGAAUGCGAAUUGCGAUCUGAAAAUUUGUGAUUUCGGUCUGGCGCGCAGUGCUGAGCAGCCCGAGCCGGAGAGCAAGGCGUUCCUGACAGAGUAUGUGGCUACGCGAUGGUACCGAGCACCUGAGAUUAUGCUUUCGUUUAAGGAAUACACCAAGGCCAUUGAUCAGUGGUCUGUGGGAUGCAUCUUUGCAGAAAUGCUCACGGGACGACCGUUGUUCCCAGGACGCGACUACCACCACCAGCUCUCACUCAUUCUCGGUGUGCUAGGAACACCGUCCUUGGAAGACUUCUACUCUAUUACAUCGGCUCGCUCGAGAGAGUAUAUCCGUUCAUUUCCGUAUUGUGAGCGAGCGAACUUUGCGGAGCUGUUUCCGCGCGCAGAGCCACUCGCACUUGACUUGCUUGACAAGCUCUUGACGUUCUCGCCUCAAAAGCGUCUUACUGUGGAAGAGGCACUAUCUCAUCCGUACUUGGAGCCGUACCAUGAUCCAAGUGACGAGCCGGGGGCGGAGCCACUGGACCCGAGCUUUUUUGACGCCGACUUUUCGAAGGAGCCGCUUUCUCGUGCCCAACUCAAGGAAUUGAUCUACCGAGAAAUUACGCGCUAA